CGUUUUUCUUUAAGUAAAAUCAAUUGUACGUAAAACACCACAUCGACAUGGGUGUGUAGUGUUCAAUGUGCAUCAAUUGAGAAAUAUAAAUUUUUAAUUAUAGACUUAAGAGGACGCUACGCGGCUUUACGUUCAAUAGAUCUCAUGUAGCUUUGUUAGAUUUAAAAGUUUUAAUAUUAGAGUGCAUUUAUAUAAUAAUAAUAUUAUUAUUAAAAUUAAAAGUAACAAGAUUUUCUGUGGUUUGGUAUAAGUAUUUUUUCUACGGAUAAAUUUUUAAGCAAAAUAUGAUCAUUUUAAAAUUAUAAUAAAAAUGUAUACACUUAAAACUAUUUAAUAAAAAUUUCGAAAAAUACUCCCACCGUACCACAUAAAAUGUUGUUACCUUUAAAACUAAAAAUGGAUAAAUUCACUAAAAUAUUAAAAUUUAAAACUAAAAAAGCUCCACGAGAACUACUAAACGUAAAUGCUUUGUGUUACGCUUUUGUAAGUCAGAGAAUACAAAUGCAGUGGUUCCUUUUAAGACUAGCAAAAAUAUAAAAAUAUAUUAUUGGUUUGGUUCAAAAUUUAAAAUUGUUCCUAUUAUUAUAGUUAAAACGUUGUUUUUGGUAAUACGUAAAUAAUGCUAUUAUAACAAUGGUAUACAAACAUCCAUGUAAUUACUUUUCAAAAUUUCAUAAUAUCAUAAGACAUUUUCAUCACGCAAAUUAAUAACUAAUUGCAUAACAAAUCAAAUAACUGUUUACAGAUUUUUUUUUUUUGAAUAUCUAUUACGAACAUUUAAAAUUCUUUUUUACAUAAAUUGUAUUUACUUAGGGUACUGAAUUUAUUAAAAUUAAAAUCUUAGAAAGUAGUAAAAAUAAUAAUUUAUAUUUUGUUAAUUAGAAUGGAUUGCAGUUCAAUACACUGAUGAUAAUGUUUUCUAUAUGUGUCCUUCAAAAACAAUAAAAUGUAAAAUAGUGAUUGGCAAAAAAUAUAUGGUGAAAUGGGUUAAUAAAAAAUCAUAUUUAGCUAAGGUGCUAAAAAAAGGAAAUAAAGAAAAUAUACAAAGGUUCUUAGCUGGUAAGAGCAUAAACCAUAUGAUAGAUGAACCAAUAGUGCAUUCAAGCCAUAGUUUAGAUCUAAAAAGUGGGAAAAUUGAUGCAAUAAAAAAUCGUGAAAUGUUUACCUUGGAUCAUUCAAUGGAUAAACCAAGCAAGCAUACUAGCCAAGCUGUUGAGCAGAAUGAUUUUAGUAAAAUAGAUGCAUCAACAAAUUUUGAAAUGAUUAACUUGGAACAGUCAAAGGAUAAACCAAUCAUGCAUUCCAGCCAAGCUGUUGAGCAGAAUGAUUUUAGUAAAAUAGAUGCAUCAACAAAUUUUGAAAUGAUUAACUUGGAAAAGUCAAUGGAUAAAACGAGCAUGCAUACUAGCCAAGAUGUUGAGCACACUGAUUUAAGUAUAAAAGAUGCACCAAUAAUUUGUGAAACGUUUAACUUGGAACAGUCAAUGGAUAAACCAAUCAUGCAUUCUAGCCAAGUUGUUGAGCAGAACGAUUUAAGUAAAAUUGAUUCAACAAAAAAUAGUGAUAUUUUUGAUUUGAUAUUUGGUAUUAUGGAUGAAGCAACCAUGCAUCCUAGCCAAGCUGUUGAGAACAAUAAUUUAAGUAAAACUGAUGCACCAACAAUUUAUGAAACGUUUAACUUGGAACAUUCAAUGGAUAAACCAAGCAUGCAUACUAGCCAAGCUGUUGAGCACACUGGUUUAAGUAAAGUAGAUGCACCAACAAUUUGUGAAACGUUUAACUUGGAACAGUCAAUGGAUAAACCAAUUGUGCACUCUAGACAAGCUGUUGAUCAAAAUGAUUUAAAUAAAAUAGAUGCACCAGAAAAUUGUGAGAUUUUUGAUUUGUUGUUUCACAAUAUGGAUGAACCAAUUGUGCGUUCUAGUAAGCAAUUUUUCUCUUUAAUUUUAUAUUUAAUAUUUAACGUAUGUAUUUUUUUUAUUUAA